UUUAAAAAUAAAACCUUUAAAUUCAGAAGAAAAAAAAAACACAUAAUCAUGUCAGAAAAACCAGGAAAAACAGACCUCCCAGCUUCUGUCUCGAUGGAAGCAGGAGUGAAAGGACUCGUAGACGCCGACAUAACCGAAGUUCCUCCAAUCUUCCAUUACCCUUCUUAUACUUUAUCCAACAACAGACCUUCAAACAUCUCCGGCUUAAACCUCGCCGUCCCGAUCAUCGAUCUCGGAGGAAUCAACGACACAUCCGCAAGAAACGACCUCGUUUCAAAGAUUAAAGACGCAGCUGAGAAUUGGGGGUUUUUCCAGGUGAUCAAUCAUGGUGUUCCUUUAACUGUUCUUGAAGAAAUCAAAAAUGGAGUUCGAAAGUUUCACGAGGAAGAUCCAGAGGUGAAGAAACUUUACUCUCCUACCGUAUCAAACAAGAGAUUUGUUUACACUAACAGCUUCGAAGAUCCCUAUCAAUCUUCUCCUAUGAAUUGGAGAGACUCUUUCAGUUGUUUUAUUGCUCCAGAUCCUCCAAAUCCAGAGGAAAUCCCACUAGCUUGCAGGGAUGCUGUGAUCGAUUACUCGAAGCAUGUAAUGGAAUUAGGAGGUUUACUGUUCCAACUUCUCUCAGAGGCCUUAAGUUUAGACUCUGAGUUCCUUGAGAAGAUGGAUUGUCUUAAGGGUUUGUUUAUGCUCUGCCAUUACUACCCACCUUGCCCACAACCUGACCUAACUUUGGGCAUAAGUAAGCACACCGAUAACUCUUUCCUCACGCUUCUUCUUCAAGACCAAAUCGGUGGUCUUCAAGUUCUUCAUCAUGAUUAUUGGGUCGAUAUAACUCCUGUUCCUGGAGCUUUUGUAGUCAACAUCGGUGAUUUCAUGCAGCUGAUAACGAAUGAUAAGUUCUCGAGUGUGGAGCAUAGGGUACGAACAAACAGAGAUGGACCGCGGAUUUCAGUUGCGUGCUUCUUUAGCUCGAGUCUGUCUCCAAAUCCCACGGUUUAUGGACCGAUCAAAGAGCUUCUAUCUGAUGAAGACCCUGCAAAGUACAAAGGUAUCACCAUACCAGAGUACACUGCAGGUUACCUUGCGAGUGGCUACGAUGGAAAAUCGCAUUUGUCCAAAUUCAAGGUAUGAAAAAUCUACUUGUCCGGCUUUAAGAAAAGAUAAUCAGAUAUCUGUGCAUGAAACAAUGUAACAAAGAGAAGAUGUUUUAAGUAAAACUAUUCACACUUGGUGCAUGAAACAACAACGUAGCUAAAGAAGAAAAGAGAAAGGAUCAAGUGUGUAGCAGAUUGAUAUAAACACAUAUAAAGUUUCUU